CCGAGCAGCCAUGGCAGAAAUAAAGACGGGCAUUUUCGCCAAAAACGUCCAGAAGAGGCUCAGCCGGGCUCAGGAGAAGGUGCUGCAAAAGUUGGGGAAGGCUGACGAGACUAAAGAUGAGCAGUUUGAACAGUGUGUUCAGAACUUCAAGAGACAGGAGUCUGAGGGUGCGAGGCUACAGAGGGAGAUGAAGGCUUAUAUAGCAGCUGUGAAAGGAAUGCAGCAGGCCUCCAUGAACCUGACAGAAUCUCUGCACGAAGUGUACGAGCCUGACUGGCACGGCAAGGAUGACGUGAUGUCUAUUGGAAAGAAUUGUGAUGCAUUAUGGGAAGACUUCCAUCAAAAACUGGUGGACUCCACAAUCUUAGCACUGGACACAUAUUUGGUCCAGUUUCCGGAUAUCAAGAUGCGUGUCGCGAAGCGGAGCAGAAAGCUAAUUGACUAUGACAGUGCAAGGCACCAUCUCGAGACCCUGCAGGCUUCUGCCAUUAAGAAUGAAAGAAAGGUUGCGAAGGCAGAAGAAGACUUGAAAAAGGCACAGAAAGUGUUUGAUGAUCUGAACGUGGAUCUGCAGGAUGAGCUGCCCAAUCUGUGGGACAGUCGAGUGGGAUUUUAUGUGAACACCUUCAAGAGUGUCAGCAGCCUGGAAGCCAAAUUUCACAGGGAAAUCUCAAUUUUCUGUCACAAGCUGUAUGAGGUGAUGAACAAGCUUGCAGAGCAACACUCAGACAAAAUGUUCACCAUUCAAGGUGCACCCAGUGACUCAGGCCCACUGCGCUUGGCCAGGACCCCAACACCUCCUGAGGAUGAGAGUCCAGAGGGCAGCCCUGCUGUCAGCCCCAACCACACACUGAGACCUAUUUCACCUGGCCCUCCUCGACCCAAAUCCCCCUCACAGCUCAAGAUGGGACCGCCAAAGCCUCCUCCUCCCAAAGUCACUCCAACUAAGGAGAUGCCCCAAGAGCAAAUCAUCAACUUGUUCGUUGGAGGCUUUCCUGAGAUCAGUGUCACCUCACCACAGCCAAAUGAGAAACCCACAGAAUCUCUCCUGGACUUGGACUUUGACCCAUUCAAGCCAGACAGCAAUACAACCAUUGGUCAAACCCAAUCACCUGCAUCUCAGGCACUCUCAUGGGAUCUUUGGACGACAAAUACUGAGGCCCAGCCUGCUUCAGAUGCUGGCUUCAAUGCCAACUGGACAGCUGACUUUGGUUCUGCAGGUCAAGAUUUGGGAGAUGUUCAGCCUGCAACAGAUGGGCAAGGUUGGCCUCCUGCAGAAGGAUGGCCCACAGAUACAGUGCCCCAAAGCGAUGCUACAGGCGAGGUGGAUGCCUCAGUUCCAGCUUUUGGGGCUGACUUUAAUAAAAUGUCUGAGGCCCCAGAAGGGGCAGAAACUGGGACAGAAGCAGCCCCAGAGGGACUGGGAGAGGGGGAAGGGGAGGUGUCCCCAGCCCAGGCCCCAGAGGCUGAGGGCAGUGUCACAACUCCUCCUGCAGAAACCACUACUGAACAGGCAGAGACCACUGCUGCUAGCAGUCCACCUGCAGAGACUGAUUCUAGCAUAGUGGAGUCUCCUGAAGCUGCUGAAACUAUAGCAGCAGAGCAAACUGAGACCACCCCAGCUGAUGACACUGAGAAAGAGCAACUCAGCGAAGAGGCUCCGGAAUCUGCUCCAGUAGCAGAACCAGGAAAGGAGCCAUCUCCAGAGGCUCUGGCCACUGCAGAAGAUAAAGAGUCUCCUAUUGAAGAGACUCCGGACAAGAUGCCUAUUCCAUCUGUGGUAAUUGAGCCUGCAUCCAGCAAUGAGGGUGAUGAUGACCGAGAUGGUGACAUUGUAUCUCCAAUAGCAACCAGUGGAGAUGGAGUGACACCAGACAUCCAGACAGACAAAGAUAUUUCCUCCUCUGGCAUGCCUCCAGGCUUCCUGUAUAAGGUUGAAGCAAUGCAUGACUUUGAGGCUGCAAACCCAGAUGAACUUGAUCUGAAGAGGGGAGAUAUUGUUCUUGUUAUUCCCACAGAGCUGGCAGAAGAUCAGGAUGCUGGCUGGCUCACUGGCAUCAAGGAGAACGACUGGCUACAGCAGGGAACCUCUGCUUCGAAAGGAUUAUUUCCAGAGAAUUUCAUAACGCGACUGGGCUAAAGCCUCACAGCAUGCUGGGACACAACUUAUAAGAGCCAAGAGCUACAGACAGCCCUAACACCACAGUGCAGUCUGGAGCCCUGACACACAGCUGUCGAUCAGAGCGAACAAAGCAAAUCGUAUCUAUACAAUCAACAAUAUGAGAGGACACAAAAGCUCUACUCAGAGUGUAAAGAAAAUAACAGAGCAUGAUGCGAUAGUAUGGUCUACCUUACUCUUGACCCGAGAGCUCUCUGUUUAUGUUUGUUUACUUGUAAGCAGCAACGAAUUGAUGUGUGCUUUUUUGGAACUGUGGUGACCUCCACAUGUAAUCCCUAUCUGUUUAAAGGUAAAUUAUGCUCUAAAGACAAAAAAUAUUUUCUCUGCAAGUGUAUUGUACUGAGUUUGUUGCUCUGCAGCAAAUUUUAUCCAAAUUUGUAGUGAUAUGAUCUAUUUAACCGUUCUAAGUGUUAUGCAAGACUUCAAUGUUUCCUUUAAGACAUUUCCGACCUAAAUGUUACCUUGCAUCCUUGUCAGUGUUCUCUGUAGUUUUAAUGGCUGGACGUGGACGGCUCUGGUGACAAUAUCUGGAGAAACUAAAGUCGACAUUUUGUGAUUUUAGUGUUAUAAGUCUCUAACUGGGUAACGAUAGAAUUCCAGAUAGAACCUCGUAAUACUAAGGGCACAAUUUGUUUGUUAAAUAAUUGCUGUGCUCUUGCCAAAAUAAUAAUAAAAUCCUAAAUAU